ACACUGCCUUUCGCUUGAGGCAGAACCAGUGCAAGAAUGAAUGCUACCGUUUACAUAGCUCUUUUUAUUUCUGUGUUGUUUAAUGUAGAACCUUCCAUUUCAUCUGUUGUGGGGCAGUUGGAAGACGACAAGGUGCCACAGAAAGACUUUAACCAAGAAAUGUUGGCAAACAAUGAUCUACUAGAGCAACUGAGGUCUUCACGCCUGAUCAAAAUCUACCAGCUCCAGCAGCCAGACAAAGUAACCUCAGAGGACUUUGGUUUUAGGAUGGACCCCAAAAUUAUUCGACCACCUUUUAUGUCUGCUAGCCAGAGGUUAUUCAAACGACCUCUCAUCUCAAAUGAGUCUAUGAAAAAGCCACCGUACCACUCAGCUAAGAGGACAGAUGCUUCUGAAAGCUCAAAUCAACUGGAACAGCUUGAGAUGUUAGAGGCACAUCGAGCCACUAAUGAUGGAGAAAAUGGGGCUGUGCUUCCUGUGGGCAGAAGAGAUUUUGACAUUCUCCGCUGCAUGCUUGGAAGAGUUUACCGACCCUGCUGGCAAAACUGACCAACUGUGCAAGAGCCUCAAGAUCCUUGGUGAAACUUUAACAUGUUGUUGUUAUCUGACUCUUGUGACCGUGCAUUCAUAAGUGAUUGAAACUGUGUACUUAGUCCUUUGUGUGAUUUAUUCUCCAUGCUUUAGACAGUGAAAGCUUUAAGCUGAAAUUGCUCAUUACUGAACUAGUUAGUUAGUGUAUUCAAAAAGAAAUAAAAAGUUUUAGAUUUUCUGCAUUCAUAAUCAUGAGAGUUGCCUGUGUAUUAUAUUUUGAAAAUAAAUUCACACUAAUUAAAUGUGAUCAUGAAUUUGACAUUUGAAACACCUCAUCUGAUUUUGAAAGGAGAACAG